AUGCUUCACGACGAUCCGCACGCGUACAUCCCUCCAAAGGAAGGCGAUUCGCGUGCACCGUGCCCGGCGCUGAACACCAUGGCCAAUCACGGUUACAUAUCGAGAGACGGCAAGAAUCUCUCUGGCCGUGAUUUGGCCAAUGGCUUGAUGGCAUGCUACAACAUCUCCAUGCCUCUCGCCUAUUUCCUCUCGUACGGUGCGCUUCUGCAUCCCCGCGUCGAACUGUCCGAUUUCGCUCUCCACAACCAUGUCGAACACGACGCCAGCAUUUGCCACGAAGAUGGUGAGAUUUUCGACCUCUUUGCCCCAUGCCCCGUGAUCCCCAAAAUGUUUGACGACUUCGUCAAGGACUCUGCCACUGGCACACAUUGCAACGCUCGAGACAUCGCGGCGACACGCGUCCGGCGCGAAGCUGAAUCGCUCAAGGCACGCGCCGCGCAGUUCGCGCGCUUCACGAUGGCCGCCACGAGUGAUUACGACGGUCUGCACGCUGAGAUUGCCCGCGGCGAGACGGCCCUUGUGCUCGGCAUAUUCGGCGGGGGUCACCCCACACCUAUGGUCUCCUUCGACGUGCUGCGCUCGUGGUGGGUCGACGAGCGUCUGCCCGACGGCUGGCGUCCCACGCACGUGCAGAAGCUCGGGUACACCGUCGAUCUCAGCAAGGCUAUCCGGCAAGAGAUGAAGGACAUCCGCGCCCGCGCUGAGGCU